AUGUGCAGCUCAAGAAGCAAAGUUCCUGUCUGGCCUUUCUUGAUACUUUCAUGCUUUGGCGGGCCGUACGCUCUUCUUCCCUAUUUUGUACUGUGGAGACCACCGCCACCUCCUGUCGAUGAAAGUGAGCUCACAAGAAGGCCUCUCAACUUUCUUGGAUCCAAAUUAACUGCUUGGGAAAGAAACUUUUCACUUCCUAUAUCACUUGCUGCAGGACUAGGUUUAAUCGUCUCUGCGGGUCUAGCAGCUGGGGCUGACUGGAAGGAAUAUUACCAGUACUUCAAUGAGAGUAAAUUUAUCCACGCGACGAGCCUUGAUUUCACCCUGCUAUCUGCAUUUGCUCCGUUUUGGGUCUACAGCGAUAUGACUGCCCGGAAAUGGUUCGACGAUGGUUCUUGGCUUCUGUUCUUAUCGUUGGUGCCACUCGUAGGCCCUGCUCUGUAUCUCGUCUUACGGCCAUCGCUACCAACCGAAAACGUCACUUAGCCCUACUG